AUGCUCCACCCCUUUGACCCAGUUACAGAUGAAGAGAUUGUCGUUACAUCUAAGCUUUUGAAGCAGAUGCAUGGCGAUGCUUCUCUGUUUUUUUCUCAAGUUGAUAGACUAGAGCCAAUUAAGAGUGAAGCUAUCAAGUAUUUGGAAGUAGAAAGAUAUGGUGGUAAACUGCCCUACAUACCAAGACGUACUUAUGCUUACUACUAUGUUAACAGUCAGAUGCCUCUUUACAAGGCUAUUGUGAAUGCAUCUGAAAAACAUGUCGAAUCAUCGAAACCAGUUCCAGGUGGUGCUAUUGGGCCUUUACAGCCAGAUGGGAUGGGAGAUAUUGAAGUAGCUGCUAUGGAACAUCCAAUUGUUAAGGCAGAGAUUGCUAAGUUGCAAUUGGACAAAAUCUCCUUCAAUCACCCACAGUUGGGUAAGCUGAAUUACAAGGUCAUCUGUGAGCCAUGGAUGUACGGUACUGAUUCUCCUAACGACAAGGUUCCAUUGAUUCAAUGUUACAUGUACAUGGGUGUUGACCAUUCUGAUUCUAACCACUAUUCCAUUCCAUUAAAGUUCUCCCCGGUCUUUGAGUAUUUGACUAAGAAGUUUGUCAGAAUGGACUACUUACCAUCUGGUGCGGAUGAGAAAUUCAUCAAGGAAACUUUACCAGCCCGUAAGGUGGAUCCUAUAGUGGAAUAUCACCCAGAGUUGAUUGAAAAUUGGAAGCCAAGAGAUAGUUUGAAACCAUUGCAAGUGGUUCAACCUGAAGGUCCUUCUUUCAAAGUCGAGGGUACUAAGGUUUCUUGGCAAGGUUGGGAGUUCCGUGUUGCCACCAACGUUAGAGAAGGUUUUGCCCUUUAUGAUGUUCAUUUCAAGGGCAGAUCUUUGUUCUACCGUAUUGCCCUAAACGAAAUGACUGUUCCUUACGGUGAUGGUAGACCACCUUUCCACAGAAAGCAAGCAUUCGAUUUGGGUGAUUGUGGGUUCGGUAACUCUGCAAACUCUUUGGCACUUGGUUGUCACUGUCUAGGUGUUAUCAAAUACUUGGAUACUAGAAGAUCAGAUGCUCGUGGUAACCCAGUUUUGAUUCCAUCUACGGUUUGUAUGCACGAACAAGAUUACGGUAUCUUGUAUUUGCACAAGAACUACAGAAACGACCGCAGUGUGGUCACCAGAAGAAGAGAGUUUGUCGUUCAAACCAUUGCUACCGUUGCCAACUACGAGUACAUCGUGAACUUGGUAUUCGACCAAGCUGGUGCUAUCACAGUUCAAGUCAGGGCUACUGGUAUUUUGUCCACUAUGCCAAACGACCCUAACUGUGUUACUGAUUUCGGGACCAUUGUCGGUCCAGGUGUGACCGCAGCUUUCCACCAACAUUUGCUCAAUUUCAGAUUUGACACAAGAUUGGAUGGUGAUAAAAACACUGUGGUAUACGACGAUUACCUACCCAUGGAUGAGAACUUACCUCACAACCAAUACAACGUCGGUUUCAGACAGAAGAGAACUUUUGUUGAUAAAUCUGGUUCAGUGGAUCAAUCACCAUUUACCAACCGUACUUACAAGGUUAUCAACGAAAACUCUAUUAACCCAGUGACUAUGAAGCCUGUUGGUUAUAAAUUUGAAAUGCCAGCUAAACAAAUGAUCUUGGCCUCUCCUAACUCUUUCAAUGUUAAGAGAGCUCACUACGCUACGAAGCAAUUCUGGGCUACUAAAUACCAUGACCACCAACUGUAUGCUGCUGGUGAAUUCACUAACCAAUCUACAAGGGACACUGGUUUGUCCGUAUGGGCUGAUGGUAGUGAAGACGUUAGAAACACAGAUACCGUUGUGUGGGCCACUUUGGCAUUGACUCACCCUCCUGUUACUGAACAAUUCCCAGUUAUGCCAUCUGAUUUCUUACAGUUCUUGGUGACUCCAGCAUCAUUCUUUGACAGAAACCCUGCAUUGGAUGUUCCCUUGGCUGAUAACAAUUUCAACAAAUCCGUUUACUACGAUGAUUCACAAAAUGCUGCUUCCAACACAUCGAGUUGUUGCCAAUCUAAGGUGUAG